AGGGCGGAAAGCCAGGAAGUAAACAUCGACGGAUUGAGUUUGUUUCUGUCGGUGGUUUUGGGUUCCGCUGUGACCGGAUUGGAGGUAUCCAGAUAACCAUGUCAGCUGCAGCUGUAGAUGCAGUUAAUGCAGCCCCUCUGUCGGGGUCCAAAGAAAUGAGUCUGGAGGAACCAAAGAAGAUGACCAGAGAGGACUGGAGAAAGAAGAAGGAGCUAGAAGAACAGCGAAAACUGGGUAAUGCUCCAGCAGAAGUUGAUGAAGAAGGAAAAGACAUCAACCCUCAUAUACCUCAGUAUAUUUCUUCAGUGCCAUGGUAUAUUGAUCCAUCAAAAAGACCUACGUUAAAGCACCAGAGACCACAACCAGAGAAACAAAAGCAAUAUAGCUCAUCUGGAGAAUGGUACAAGAGGGGUGUAAAAGAGAAUUCCAUAACUACUAAGUACCGCAAGGGAGCAUGUGAAAAUUGUGGGGCCAUGACACACAAAAAGAAAGACUGCUUUGAGAGACCUAGGCGAGUUGGAGCAAAAUUUACAGGUACUAAUAUUGCUCCAGAUGAACAUGUCCAGCCUCAGCUGAUGUUUGACUAUGAUGGGAAGAGGGAUCGGUGGAAUGGCUAUAAUCCAGAGGAACACAUGAAAAUUGUGGAAGAAUAUGCCAAAGUUGAUCUGGCAAAACGAACACUGAAAGCCCAGAAACUCCAAGAAGAAUUAGCCUCAGGAAAAUUAGUGGAACAGGCUAAUUCUCCAAAACACCAGUGGGGAGAAGAGGAACCAAAUUCUCAGAUGGAAAAAGAUCAUAAUAGUGAAGAUGAGGAUGAAGAUAAAUAUGCAGAUGAUAUUGACAUGCCUGGACAGAACUUUGACUCUAAGAGACGAAUCACUGUCCGAAAUCUCAGGAUUCGAGAAGAUAUUGCAAAAUAUUUGCGGAAUUUAGAUCCAAAUUCUGCGUACUAUGAUCCCAAAACUAGAGCGAUGAGAGAGAAUCCUUAUGCCAACGCAGGAAAAAAUCCAGAUGAAGUGAGCUAUGCUGGGGAUAACUUCGUUAGAUACACAGGAGAUACCAUUUCAAUGGCUCAGACACAGUUGUUUGCUUGGGAAGCCUAUGACAAGGGAUCUGAAGUACAUCUGCAGGCCGAUCCUACAAAACUAGAGCUAUUGUACAAGUCCUUCAAAGUCAAAAAAGAAGACUUCAAAGAACAGCAGAAAGAAAGCAUCUUGGAAAAGUAUGGUGGCCAAGAACACUUGGAUGCCCCUCCAGCUGAAUUGCUUUUAGCUCAGACUGAAGACUAUGUGGAGUACUCAAGGCACGGGACAGUCAUCAAAGGACAGGAACGAGCUGUUGCUUGCUCUAAGUAUGAGGAAGAUGUGAAGAUCCACAAUCAUACACAUAUCUGGGGAUCUUACUGGAAAGAAGGCCGAUGGGGAUACAAAUGCUGUCACUCUUUUUUCAAGUAUUCCUACUGCACUGGAGAAGCUGGCAAGGAGAUUGCUAAUUCAGAGGAAUGUAUUAUAAAUGACAUAACUGGAGAAGAAUCUGUGAAAAAACCUCAAACCCUCAUGGAGAUGCACCAGGAGAAACUAAAAGAAGAGAAAAAGAAGAAAAAGAAGAAGAAAAAGAAGCAUCGGAAGAGCAGUUCAGAUAGUGAUGAUGAAGAAAAGAAACAUGAGAAAUUGAAGAAGGCACUGAAUGCAGAGGAGGCUCGCCUUCUUCACGUCAAGGAGAUCAUGCAGAUUGAUGAGAGGAAGCGGCCUUACAAUAGCAUAUAUGAAACUCGGGAACCCACUGAAGAGGAAAUGGAGGCCUAUAGAAUGAAACGUCAGAGGCCAGAUGACCCCAUGGCUUCCUUCCUUGGGCAGUAGUAACUAGUUAUCAACAGUCACCCAGGACAGGCACAGCUGAUACGUUCUUUUCAGCUUUUUGCUGAUGAUUAUAGGUGGAAAAACCAUGACUACUCUUCUUGCUCCCUAACUUUAAUAAAGACUUCAGAAGUCUCAUAGUAAAUUCAUUUCUUUAACGAAAAAACAAAGAGGAAGUACGUUAAGUAUAUAUUAAGAUUUUUAUUUCCAGUUUUAUAUUAGGUGAUGUGAAAAGAGGCCUUCGCUCUCUACCUAGCAAGAACAUUUUCUACUUAACAUUUAUUAAGUCUCAAACUUUAUUUCCUCAAUUUUUAUGGCCUUUUGUCUACUGUUAGCACACAUUUCAAAGGCAGAUGAAUUACUCAUUCUUGAAAUCACAGUUUCGUUUUUUUCAAAUUACUAAUAACUAUAAUUGUAGGUAUUUGAGUAUCCUUUGGUUUUGCCUUCUAAGGUUUCACUGGUCUAAAGCCAAAAAAAAUUAUCCUAUCUUGGGCUUUGGGUUACUGAAAGGAAAUCUGUAGAACAUGUGAAUAACUUUAUCCCCCAUGUCAAUCUGUAUAGUAAUAAUUCUGUUUUCUACUUGGUUAUAAACUUCUUAUUUUUUUUUAAGAUUUUAUUUAUUUAUUCAUGAUAGUCACAGAGAGAGAGACAGAGAGGCAGAGACACAGACAGAGGGAGAAGCAGGCUCCUUGCAGAGAGCCCGACGUGGGAUUCGAUCCCGGGUCUCCAGGAUCGCGCCCCGGGCCAAAGGCAGGCGCCAAACCGCUGUGCCACCCAGGGAUCCCUAAAAUUCUUAUUUUUAAAAUAUUUCCUUGUACCUUACACCUAGAACAAAGUGGGUUAGCCUUUGAAUGUAAAAAUAGUAUUUUGUCAUCUUGAGUCACUGUUAACUGAUCAGUACUAGGUCUUUUACCAUUCUGGACAUGAGCCUUUGGACACAGAAACUCUUUCCUCUAUCAUAGAGAAUAUGAUUUGUGGUACCAUUUGUUGUUUUGUGAUUGCCUUUAUGUAAUAAUCAUGAAUAUUAAAUUUUAAAAGAUUAUAGAAUACCCAUUGUACCUAAUCUCUAUGGGAGGAGGUGUCUCUUUGUGAAAAUUGCAGAAAGCAAAACCUGAAGCUGAAGGUUUCUUUAAAGAAUUAUAAGGAUAGCUCAUGGGGUUAUUAAUAACUGAGACUGCCAUGAUCCUCAGGCCUCUUCUAAGAACACUGUGAAGAUGAUACAGUGAGUGGGAUCAAUGCAAAGAGCCUGUUUCAAACCCCUGACAUAACUACAUUGGCCUUUAACAGCUCCCUGGCUUCUAAGCUACCAAAACCCACUAUAGUACCGCAUUAAGUUACCAUCUCAGAAAUAGUGCUGAUGAGAGAGUAACAAAUUGUCAAGUACUAUGGAUAUAGAUUCAGACUGAUAGGAAAUUAAAACAAUGCAAACGGAGCUCAUUCUUAUGUAAUUCAAGAAAGUCGAUGACUUAGGUUUUCAUAUUCCUAUCUUAACAUGGGGUGGUUCAACAUAAAGUCUGACAUUGAUGUCUAUUUGUAUUUUAUUUAUCUUUUGUUAAUAAAGAUAUGUAAUUGAGAAUA